AUGUCUGAUCAUAUCCUAUUUAUAUCUAUCUAUCUAUCUGUCGAUCUAUCUAUCUAUCUAUUUCACCCUGUUUAUAUCUAUAUAUCUAUCUAUCUAUCUAUCUAUCUAUCUAUCUAUCUAUCUAUUUCACCCUGUUUAUAUCUAUCUAUCUAUCUAUCUAUCUAUCUAUUUCACCCUUCUGAUCAUAUCUAUCUAUCUAUCUAUCUAUCUAUCUAUCUAUCUAUCUAUCUAUUGCACCCUAUUUAUAUCUAUCUAUCUAUUUUACGCUGUUUAUAUCUAUCUUUCUAUCUAUCUAUCUCGGUCAUUCCAUCUAUCUAUCUAUCUAUCUAUUUUGCGCUGUUUAUAUCUAUCUAUCUAUCUAUCUAUCUAUCUAUCUAUCUAUCUCGGUCAUUCCAUCUAUCUAUCUAUCUAUCUAUCUAUCUAUCUAUCUAUCUAUCUAUCUAUCUUCAAUUUUUUCCUCUCUAUCAAUCUGUAUGUCUCAUUUUUUUUUACCCUUUCCUUAUAUUGACUUUUUGUUUUUCUCUUUCUUUCUUUUCUCCCUUAUUUUUCUUCUUUUCUUCCUUCUUUCUUUUUUCUUUCGGCCUCUUUUUUGCUCUUUUUUCAUUUUCCCUCUUCUCUUUCGUCUUUCAUUCUUUCUUUCUUUCAUUUUUCUUUACCUCCUCAUUUUCCCUCUUUCUUAUUCAUUUCUUUCUUUACACCCUCAUUUUUCGUCUUUCUUCUUUUUUCCUUCUUACUUUCCCCUUCGUAUUCCUCUUUCUUUCUUUCUCUCUUUCUUUCUUUUCCCCCAUUUCCCUCUUUCUUUCUUUCCCCCCUCAUUUUUCCUCUUUCUUUUUUCUUUCUUUCUUCCUUUCUUUCUUUCUUUUCCCCCUCAUUUUUCCUCUUUCUUCCUUCUUUCUUUUUUCUUUCGCUCUCAUUUUUGCUCUUUAUUCCUCCCUCAAUUUUCCUAUUUCUUUUUUCUUUAUUUCAUUACCCACUCAUUUUUCUCUUUCUUUCUUUCUUUCUUUCUUUCUUUCUUUCUUUUCCCCGUUUUCCCUCUUUCUUUCUUUUCCCCUCAUUUUCUCUUUCUUCUUUCUUUCCCCCUCAUCUUUCGUCUUUCUUCCUUCUUUCUUUUUUCUUUCGCCCUCAUUUUUCCUGUUUUUCUUUAUCCCCCUCAAUUUUCCUCUUUCUUUCUUUCUUUCUUUCUUUCUUUCCUUUCCCUCUCAUUUUUCACAUUUCUGUAUUUUUUUUUAUUCUUAUUUUUCCUCCUCAUACUUCUUCUUUCCCCUCUCAUAG